CCGGGCGGGGGAAGCUGCGCCGCGCCGCGCCGCCUCCUCCCCUCAGCAGCCCGAGCGGCGGGAUGGCUCGGGCCGGGACUGCGGCAGGUGGCGGGGAUGGUCCGGGCUGAGAUCCGGCGAGAGGCAGAAAAUGCAGUUGACCACUGGAAGGAAGUAUGUGAAGUUUAUUUCUAAAGAAGAUGCUGUCUGGAGGACCAAAUAAAUUUCUGUGGACCAUUGGAGCUGAAAGAUUAAUUACAUGACAUUAUUUUUGUCUCUUCACUGUGCGGUUCAGUACUAAGUCAAUGUUGCUUUAUGUUAAGACCAAACAGUAGUCUCCUGACAUCAACAUGUCGUCUGUAACAAACACUCAGACUCUGGUGGACUUUGAUCCUCCUGUCCUUGAGGAAAAGUCAAAGGGGAAAUCAUUAUUUCAGUUGGACCCCCUCUUUGCUAACAGGAGUGAGAAAUUUGUAAUUGCCAGGAGUGACAGUGUACCAGAAGAAAAUGUACUGAAAAUAACCAUCACCGAGACUACAGUCAUUGAGUCGGACUUGGGCAUCUGGAAUUCUCAUGCUCUGAUCUACCUCACGUUGUGGUUUUUCUUCAGCUUUUGUACCCUUUUUCUUAACAAAUACAUUCUUUCACUGCUGGAAGGAGAGCCCAGCAUGCUAGGUGCUGUUCAGAUGCUUUCAACCACUUUCAUUGGCUGCAUAAAAAUGUUUGUUCCAUGUUGUUUGUACCAGCACAAAACACGUAUCUCUUACCCUCCCAAUUUCAUCAUGACAAUGCUGUUUGUUGGACUGAUGAGGUUUGCAACAGUGGUUUUAGGUCUAGUAAGCUUGAAAAAUGUGGCUGUUUCAUUUGCUGAAACAGUUAAAAGCUCUGCACCUAUUUUUACUGUCAUUAUGUCCCGGAUGAUUUUAGGGGAAUACACUGGAUUGCUGGUGAAUCUGUCUCUCAUUCCUGUCAUGGGAGGAUUAGCUCUAUGUACAGCCACUGAAAUCAGCUUCAACAUUCUGGGUUUUUCGGCAGCUUUGUCUACUAACAUCAUGGACUGUUUGCAAAAUGUUUUUUCCAAAAAGCUGCUCAGUGGAGACAAAUAUAGGUUUUCUGCUCCAGAACUUCAGUUUUACACAAGUGCUGCUGCAGUUAUUAUGCUCAUUCCAGCUUGGAUAUUUUUCAUGGAUGUGCCAGUGAUUGGGAAAAGUGGAAGGCGUUUCAGUUACAACCAAGAUGUCAUUGUACUGCUCCUAAUAGAUGGAGUCUUGUUCCAUUUGCAGAGUGUUACAGCAUAUGCCUUGAUGGGAAAGAUUUCUCCUGUAACUUUCAGUGUUGCUAGUACUGUGAAGCAUGCGUUGUCAAUCUGGCUAAGUAUUAUUGUGUUUGGUAACAAAAUUACAAGCCUCUCAGCCAUUGGGACAGUUCUAGUAACAAUUGGCGUUUUGCUAUAUAACAAGGCAAAGCAACAUCAGCAAGAAACAAUACAAAGCCUGGCAGUGGCAGCCUCACAACCCUCACAGAGCACAACUGAAGAUACCAAGCCACUAAUAUCCAAGGAUUUAAAGCCAUAUGAUUGAUACGGCUCUUAAUUCUUCCAUCACAACCUGACACAACUCAGAGGAUCUCUGUCUUAAAUGGACGCUACCCCAGCUGUUGACAAUGCUUGGUUUCUUUGAAUUCACAACAGGUGAAAGAAUGGACUUUGCUGCAGAGAGGAAAAAAAGGAGAAGAUCCUAUAAGCCCUGGUUUACUUGAAACUGACAUGUAGAACCGAAGACCAAGAGUAAUCCAACGUGGUAAACAUUGGCUUCAUACUCCUUCCUUGACUCUGCAAAUAAAUAACAAGACUAUAUUGGAGAUAAAACUUCAGUGUCAGAUGGAAAAAUAACUUGUACCCCAGCCCCACUAAAGUAAUGUGAUAACAUGACCCAUCCCUGUUUUCUGCAUGCUUGCAGUAGGAUGAAACUAGUGGAUAGGAAAAAAAUGUCUAGUUGCCACUCUUUUUAAACAUCCUAGACUGUGUGUGUGCAUGGUGAGGAUCUGGAAGAAAGCAUUUUGAAAGACUAAAUCAGUCAUUUUCGUUUACACAGCUGUUAGUGUAAACUAUGAAUAUGGGCAGCUACUCUUGAGUAUAAAGCCAGCAAAGAGAAUUUGUGCUUUCCUUUGAAAUUCUCUAACAACUGGAGCAUUGCAGUUUGCCUGGGUACCGACCACAUUUGUGUGUCUACAAACUGAAACACACACACACCUGCCUAUAUACUAGGAGUCAAAACAAAUAAGUAUAGUUGCUAUCAGGCAAAAACCACUGGAAAUUUUCAGAAAUAAAUGAGGCAUCAGCAUUUCCAUAGUAAGUACUGUCUUAAUUUUAGAAAUAUAAAAGUUUCCUUUGCAUUGUAAUUUAUCAUAAAAUAUUUUUAAGGCAAGAGGGGAAUAAGUUUGAUUUUUCUUUUUUUAAUUUAUAGGAGAGCAGUUAAAAACAAUAGACUUCUUGAAACUCGGGGUUACAACUCUGUCUUUAGCUUUUGUGCUCAAGUAUUUUAGUAUGUCCUGUUACAGUGAUAAGAAGUCAGAGUGGAUAGAGUUUAAGGGUAGAGUUUUAACCUUAAACUGAGAAUAUUCUGACAUCUGUUUUUUUUUUUUAUUUUGCAUGAUAUAGUAUUUAAAAAAAAUCAAUGCUUUGAGAGAAAGAAGGUAGAAAGCUUCAGCUUCAUUUUGAUUAUUUCACUUUUAAAAAAUGCUAAAUCUUUCUUCAUUGUUGUCAAGAUUACAGCAUAGGCCUCUCCCUCCAUAGGGCAGCUACAGUCAUUAAUCAAGAUUUAGAAAUUUCCUACAAUAACUGGUGUAGUCCUGGUUUUACCUAAUGUUAGUGAAACCCAAAUCAUUGUCAUGAAGCACAGUGUAUCAUGCCAUAGGGCAUGUCCUAACUUUUAUCAGACAAAAAUAUAGCAACUUGCUCUGUAUACAGUCAGAUUUAUCUCUCAAACAAUGUGGAAAAAAAUAGAAUCCUACUAAAGAUGUAGUUACUAGGUAGGUACUGUCUUAAAAAAGUAAGACUUUUAAAAGUAAAAUUAACAUGUCUUAUAUGAAUUUUACAAGUGAUGGAUUUGCUCAAUCAUAUAGGGCUUUUAAUAUAAAAGAAAUUGCCCUUUCAACUGCUCACAAUAAGUUAUUUUCUCCAGUAAACCAAACCAUUAAACUACAAGUAACAAACCCCUAUAAGAUGCAAUCUGGGGAUCAUGAAGUGUUUGGGCUGUGAAAAAUUGGGAACAAAAAACAAAGCUAAGGUAUUAUUCUCAAAGUGUUAAUCCUUUUUUGCCGCCUACACACUAAUGUUUGCACUAGCUUUAUGUCUGCCCAUCUGGAGAGUGGUCUGUGCUGUAAGGUCAGGGAUAUUGGGUCCACACCCAAACAAAGCUAUUCAUUGUUUAAAAAUCCAGUAGUUAAUGUAGAGUGGACGUGCUGCAAUAUAAAACUGUUUCCUUUUAGCUGUUAGAUAUAACUUGCAAUUGUAGUUGUCUCUUUAGACCUGUUUACUUAUUUGGGCAAAUCUGCUGCAUGUCUAGAUCCCUUUAGGGAAAUAAAAAAUUAAGCUUAGAGUUCUGUUUGACAACAUGCUAGCUUCAGAAGAGUCUGUCUAUAUGAAAGAACCUACCAUCUAUCCCAUAAUAAGUUGAGCAUAGUCAGUAGAAUUUAUUGGACGCAUUCUGCACAUAGCCAAUUGGCAUAUGUUUCCAGCCUGGCACUAUAUUUUUCUCAUCUACACAAGGGAUAAACAGAUCUGUAGCUCCAUUUGCCUUGUGACAGCUCAACAUCUAGCCAAAUAAACUAUGUGAAUCAGCCAAAUUUCUGAUGAAUGUCAUCUAGAUGCAAAGCCCUAGGUAAAGCUGUGCACUAUGUGAGAUCUAGCUCAUUUUUAAGCUCUGCCUUCCAAUAGUUGACUUAGCAUUCUGCCAAGAAUUUACGGUUGCAAUUUCACUGAGAUUUUCAAAGACCAGUAUCCCUUCUUGGCUUACAUAAAGGUAGUUAAUUGUCAAUAAUUGUGCACGGAAUCAAUAUUUUAACUGUCUAGCAUAUUUUUUAUAGAAAGUACACAUCUUCCAUAAACUGCCAUUUUAAGAUGUUAUAUAAGUGGCUUAAUGAAAGCAUUGAUUUUUUUUUUUUUUUUUUUUUAGCUUGUCCUGAUGUAAGUUA